AUGAAGCUAUUCACCUACGAAACCUGGGGGGUGCCCAGGGCCGGCUUCGAUCCGUCAUACAACUUCGUCCGUUCGCACUUCGUCUCACCCGUCGUCCUCGCAUGCAUCCGCGCCUUGCUCAGCAUAUACUGCUUCACGACUAUCAUAACAUGCUAUACUUGGCUGGCGAACGAGACGGCUACAAUCAAACUCAAAGAUGUGAACAUAGGAUCCUAUACCAUCCAACAAGGCAAUGCAGCUAUCGGGCAGUCAUUCUCAUUCUUCACCUACCUCACCUUCUGGUCGCUCGGUUUCUACUUCCUCGUCUCAAGCGUACACACAUUCAUGUAUGCGUUCAGGCAACGAACAUGGUUACACACGUGGCCAAAGUGCUUGCAGCUCUUGCAUAGCAUGUACUAUUCGACCAUGACCUCGUUCCCGUUCUUGGUCACGAUUGUCUUUUGGGGGACUAUGAACUCUGGAUGGCCAGCUGGCCGGUUUGAGCAGUGGAUAAACAUCUCCGUUCAUGGUCUCAACAGCGUCUUUGCUGCGACUGAGAUCAUACUAUCAGCAACCGAGCCACAGCCGUGGCAUCAUCUAUCCGUCGUCCUUGGAGUCUUGUCGAUUUACCUUGGGCUCUCGUACCUCACGCGGUAUACUCAGGGCUUCUACGUGUAUGAGUGGAUGAACCCGGCACACGGUAACGCCAGCAUUGUUCUGCAUGUCUUGGGUUAUGCGGGCGGAAUGAUUGCGCUGUUCGUGCUCGCACGGUACGCAAUUAUAGCACGAAAUAUGCUAGCGCGACGACUGCAGGGGUCUGAGGAAAUGGAGUAUGGCGAGAAAGGCAUUCAACUUGAAGAUGAUCGGUCCGAUACCUGGUCGGCGAAGGUCGGGGUGGUCAAGCCGACGCCCAUGCGCGUGCAGAAGAAGCCAGAGAUAGUCAUUUCCGAAGUCUAG